UAUCACCACCAGUAGGUCAUCAUACGAAAUUGGGAUAUUUCAGCUCUAUUUGAUAACUUGUCUUUAACCUAAAUUUUGACAAUUUAAUUUUUUUACGUUCGAAAUUAAAAAUGAAUGUAAUAAGAUUCUACUUACUGGUUCCAAUAUUGGUUGUGUUGUUAUCUUAUGCUCACUGCAAUGAAAACGAGGAAUUGUCUUGUCAGAAUUUGAAGGAAGGUUUUCAUGCGUUACAAAAAGAAUUUGAAAUUCUUAAGGAGGAAGUUCGUGAACUUAAGUCAGACGGAGCUUCCAGAAGUGUAGAGAAAAGAUUUGUUGCAGAUGGAGAAAGAGAUAUUGAAGCAACUGUAACAAAACUUGAAAAAGAUGUUAAGACUUUGGUUGAAGGCAUAGGAAGUACUUAUGUAAGAUGGGGAAGAACAACAUGUCCUGGCAAUACAACAGAAGUUUACAAAGGAUUUAUGGGAGGAAACGUAUAUACAGAUAACGGAGGCCCUGCCAACUAUCUCUGCUUACCUGAAGACCCUACCUGGGCAAAAUAUCAAGAUGGAUUUCAAGGAGAAGGAAACAAAAUCUAUGGCUCAGAGUACCAAAUUAUUAGGACGAACUUUAAUCCAUUUCACCAGGACAUGAAUGACGAAGAUAUUCCGUGUGUUGUAUGUAGCACUAAAAGACCACUAAAUAUCAUGGUUCCUGCGAGAACUAGCUGUUACACUGGAUGGCAUUUAGAGUAUACCGGUUAUCUCAUGACAAUCUGGUCUGGUCACCCUGCUGCAGGAGAAUACGUGUGUGUAGACAGUCAUCCUGAACUAAUUCCACACGGAAGUGCAAACACGAACGGAAACGUUCUGUACCUUGUUGAGGCUGCUUGCGGUACUUUACCUUGUCUGCCUUAUGUUGAUGGUCGUGAACUUGCUUGUUCAGUUUGCAGCAAAUAAAACAUGGAAAAUUUUAAUAUGAAAAAAUAUCUACCAUAAAUGCUACAAUAGAUUUCUGCAAUCUUUAUUUGAUUAUAGUUGUUCAUGAGAAAUAUAUUUUCUUAAUUUAUAGAUGUUUAAAAUGUUU